AUAUAUAUAUAUAUAUAGGGAAUAUUUAUUAACCAACUCUGCAGUCAGUUGAAAGGAUUAAUGUCUGGUGUUCUAUUCUCUGUUUACGAUUUUUAUUAAAUUAAUAUACAACUAGUUUCUUACUUUCUAUAGUACUUAGAAAAUCAAAGAAAAUAUAAUGUCAAGCCCAGUGAUAAUUUCUGCUGCUACCAGACAUACAGCCACGCUUAUAUUCUUCCAUGGCUUAGGUGAUACAGGAAAUGGUUGGGCCAGUCCUAUAGCAGCUAUAAGACAAUCUCAUGUCAAAGUUAUUUGUCCAACAGCACCAACAAUGCCAGUUACUCUUAAUGCAGGCUUUAGAAUGCCAUCUUGGUUCGAUUUACGAUCUCUGGAUCCUACUGGUCCAGAAGAUGAAGAGGGUAUACGUAAAGCUGCGGAAUAUGUUCGUAGUUUAAUUGCACAAGAAGUUGCUGCAGGUAUAUCAACAAAAAAUAUUGUCCUAGGAGGAUUUAGUCAAGGCGGAGCUUUAGCUAUGUAUAGUGCACUUACACACCCAGAACCUUUAGCUGGUAUAGUAGCUUUGUCAACUUGGCUUCCUUUACAUCAAAAGUUUCCAGCAGAAGCAUUAGCAAACAAUAAUACACCGUUAUUACAAUGUCAUGGAGAUUGCGAUCCUAUAGUGCCAUAUAAAUGGGGUCAAAUGACUGCAUCGUUUCUUAAACAAUUUAUGUCACAGACAGAAUUUAAAACAUACAGGGGAAUGAUGCAUACAUCCUCUGAAGAGGAAAUGCGAGAUGUGAAAAAAUUCCUUAGCACAGUCUUGAAGCCAUAAUAAAUUACGUUAAGCACACUUACAUUUUAAGAAUGAGUCCGAUUGAUAUAUUGUUUAAUCAAUAAUUAAAUUGAUUAAUUUUGAUUUAUCUCUGGCGACAGAAAAAAGUAGAUACAAUUUAUUUAUUUUUAAAGGAAGUACAAUCACUAAAACAUUUCUUAGUGUAUUAUAUUUAUUCUUAAAAUAAUUAGAGUUUCAAUUAGUCUCUUUACAUUUUCGUUAACAAAUAUUAUUGAAAAAUUGAAAUUUCAAUUCCUUUUAACAUGUUGUAGCUAUUCAAAUUGAUUUGAAAAUUUUUAUUUAAUUUCAGAAUAACACUUGUAUUGAAUAAUGCAUUUUUUUAAUAUUAUGUUAUUAACAUAUAGUACACAUUAAUAAUUUAUCAGCUUUCUUCACUCUUUAAUCUAAGCCAACUAAAGAUUAAAAAAAAAAGGAAUGCAGAAGUGGCUUUUAUAGGUAUUAUUAAAAAUAAUAAAUUGUAGAACCAAAAAUUAUGAGUACUUUAGAUCUAGAAUUAUUUAUUAUUAGUGUACAGAGUAUCAAAGAAAGGAAUUAAAAACU